AUGUCCGUGCCACGCCCAGCACUCCCCCCAGGCGCUAAUCGCAUCCUAUUCGUAAAAAAUCUCAACUACCAAAUCACCGGGGAGGAUUUAUAUGAUUUGUUCGGACGCUAUGGUACAAUUCGACAAAUACGGAUAGGGAAUGAACAAAAAACGAAGGGCACGGCGUUCGUCGUAUUUGAUGAUGUUAUGGACGCUAAGAAUGCUCUUGAUCAUCUGAACGGAUUCCAUCUCCAAGAACGUUACAUUGUUGUGCUCUACCACAUGCCGGCCAAGCAAGACGCCGCCGCGGCAAAGGCUGACCUUGCUCGGAGAGAGGAGGAACUAGCUCAGCUCAAGAAAAAACACAACAUUGUGGAUGAUUGAUUAUCCGAGUGCGAUGAAAUAUGCUGCUUUCGCUCUGUUUAUUCGAUCAUAUGCUUCGUGGUGUUCCUCCUUUGCUGAGAUCCGGCUUCCGUGUAUGAUAAGAGAUAAGAUGUAUUACAUAUACGUUCUUUGAUGGACCAAACUAUUAAAAGUGAUAGAAGUGACU